AUGAUCUUGUUUUUCUUUCUCACUGUUCUACUACCAACUAUUUUUGCUAAUGAACCUGUCGUUGUUCAUACUCAGUAUGGUGACAUAUUAGGAUAUCAGACGAAUCUAUCUCGAGUAUUCUAUGGAAUUCCCUUUGCUCAACCACCUGUAGGCCCAUUGAGGUGGGAAGCACCUGUGCCAGUGGUCAGAUGGGCUCCGAAAAUGGUCAAUGCUACACAACCACCAUCUGCCUGUCCACGACCAAAGCGCACAACGCGUUCUACCACUCGCACUCCAUUUGGGAUGUCAGAAGAUUGUCUUUAUUUGAAUAUUUUCACGCCGUUAUCAGGUGACGUACCGUCGACAGAUCUUCUUCCCGUGAUGCUUUUUAUUCACGGUGGUGAUUUCCAAUUUGGCGCUGCAACAGAGUCAAUGUAUAAAUCUGAACUCUUAGUAAAUAACACAAAUAUUAUUAUUGCCUUAAUUCAAUAUCGUCUAGGUGUUCUGGGAUUCUUGGCAACCGGCAAUAAUCCGAAUGACAUCAAGGGCAACUAUGGAAUACUCGAUCAACGUUUGGCGAUCGCCUGGGUGAAAAACAACAUCAACGCAUUCGGCGGGGAUCCCAAUCAGAUCACACUAUUCGGUCAAAGUGCUGGCGCACAAUCAACUGCUCUUCAUUAUGUAACUAAAGAUAUGCAACCAUAUUUUCAACGUGCAAUCAUUCAAAGUUCUCCACUGACUAUACCAUUCAGAACAUAUUUGGAAAAUAUUACGCCAACUGUUCUUCUCGCUGAACAGUUACUCUGCUCUCCGAAUAACCUAUCGUGUUUUCGAACUCGUUCAACUGAUGAAAUUACUGCUGCUCAAGCUAUAGUGAAUAAAAAAAUUACUUCAUUGAACGCACUGUUCUUUUUCGAACCAUGGCUACCAGUUAUUGAUAAUGAGAUUGUUCAUGGCUCAUUAAUGAGCAUGAUUCAGAAUGCAUCAUUCUCACUUAAACCAUUGGUGAUUGGUACAGUGACUGAAGAAUGUUAUGAUUUCGUUUAUACUACAUGGCACAAAAAUGUGACAAUCAGUGAAUAUAUAGCCUUUGCGGUUGGCCUUUUCGGUGAAAAAUCGUUGAAAGUUCUCGAGCAUUAUCCACCAACUGCUUCAGUUGAUCAACGGCCGACUCUCGUUCGUAUGGCAACACAUUGGGUCUUUUCUUGUUCAACUCGUGUUCUUGCUCGAAAAGCAGCCACAUAUUCCUAUGUUUUUGGUUAUCCUUAUAAUACACUCAAUUCACUCAACUGCAAAGAUCACGCUUGCCAUGCAGAUGAACUACCCUAUAUCUUUCAAUCGUUUUGGGACCGGUUCACUGACGUUGGUCGAUACAUAUCUCAUGGAAUGGCUACUUAUUGGACAAACUAUGCCAAGAGUGAAAAUCCGAAUGAACCUUCGAGUGUGCCUGUAUCGUGGCCAAAGUACACAAGUGGGAACGAAACGUACGUGUAUAUUCAAAAUCCUUUUCAAGUGGAAGAAAAUUACUUGAAAGAUGAUUGUGAUUUAUGGGAUCAAAUCGGUUAUAAAGCAAGCGUGAUUUGA